AUGGAUAACCCACUGCCAUCGACCAUCCAAGAGGCUGAGGCCUUGGUCUUGGCCCUUUAUCAACCGGCACCGCCUGAGACUAUCGCCCGAAUUCAAGACACACUCCAUCGCAUGCAAAGAGCCCCAUCCGGCUGGUGGAUUGCCCGAGAUCUCCUGAGCCAUGCAGAUGACAAGGUUAAGUUCUUUGGUGCCCUCACAUUGAUCGUCAAGUUGAAUACCGAGAGCUCAUCUCUGUCAAGUGGCGAUGCUUCAGAACUUCGACAGAAUCUGGUCGGCUGGUUUGUCAAAUCGCUGGAUGACGGCUCUGGGGCCAUGGUCAUCAGAAAGCUAUCCUCGGCUUUGGUCACCUUUUUUCUGUGCUUCCCUACACAGUGGGAGUUCUGUAUUCGCCAUCUUUGCUGUUCUCUGUCAGAGGGGAGUGCUUUACCUCAGGAAAGGGUCGACGGAUCCAUUGACAUGUCUUCUGUUCUAGAAACACUUCAUUCUCGAAAGCUCCAGGCCGCACUGUGGUUCUCAGGGUCACUGGUAGACGAAGCAGCCAAGAUAGAAAUGAACUCAGCAAAGCACAUGGGCUUAUACGAGACCCUUACGCGCAACGUUCCAGACGCUUUGGCAUUGAUGUCUCAUGGUUUCUCACGUCAAGUGCCUGUGAAUUCAACAAGCUAUGACACGCAGAAAGACUCCAUAACUUGCUUGCAGUCGUGGAUAUGGUUUUCUCAGAGAAUGUCGACUCAUAGCGACGAGCUCAUUGGUUCUCUCCGUGCACUAAUACAACCUACCAUCGCGUCCUUGGCCGAGGACGAACUGUACGAACCAGCCGUGGAGCUGCUUUCAGAUAUCUUGUCCAAUUACUCCGGGUUUCUGACGGAAGACCACUACGAGUCUCUCUUUUCUCUCUUCGAGACUCAGUGGUCUCGCGAACGCUAUCAACGCCUUGUUGAGGGAGACUUUGACUUCGAUUCUGUUCAGUUCGGGCAGCUCAUGAUUGCUCUUGGCGAUUCCAAGGUCGAGGCUCUCAUCCAUGGUGUCGAUGGCCGGUCCUCACGCUUUCUUGGAUACCUGCGUGGUCUGCUCUCUGCUCGAGGAUACCCCGUCAGUGACGACAAGAUAUUCGUCCCUGCUCUCGAGUUUUGGUCCACCUAUGUGGAGACAUUGACGGAUAGUAUCUAUUCAGAGGACGAAGAGUCCAAGACCUGGGUACCAACGGCUACAUCUCACGUCUUGGAGGUUAUAUCGACAGUCUGGCAACGGAUCGCUUAUCCACCUCCGAGUGUUAUUGCUAGCUGGGACUCGGCCGAACGUGCAGGAUUUGGCGAUGCAAGAAAGGACGUUGCUGACCUUCUCCAAUCGACAUUCACCGUGACGGGGCCAUCAUUAGUUUCGACAUUCGGAAACCUAACUCUUCAGUCGGUAUCAUCCAAUUCAUGGUCAAAUCUUGAAGCUGCAGCCUUCUGCUUGGGAUCCCUGGCCGAUUGUGUGACAGGCGAUCCGAGGUGCGACGAGACACUCAGCGCUCUGUUCUCUUCACCUCUGUUCAAUCUAUUACAGACAUCGAGUGACUCGAUACCUGGCCGCACACGUCAGACGUGCAUAUCUUUGAUUGAAAAAUAUGCGGACUACUUUGAGCGCGAGACGCAAAGCCUUCCAUCCGCGCUUAACUUGCUCUUUUCUGUCCUAGCCGACCCUGUAUUGGCUGGGCCUGCGGCAAGAUCGAUUCAACGACUUUGUUUCUCAUCUCGGACUAUUUUGGCAUCCGAGGUAAGUGCAUUUCUGAGUCAGUAUCAGACCAUCGCCACGCAGAGCCAGCUUGAUUGCUUAGCCUGUGAAAGAAUCAUGGGGGCUAUUGCCGCUGUCAUACAGGCUGUCCAGGACGGAAACUCAAAAUUUGAGCACCUUGAGGCUCUCCUUUCCUUCGUUCAGCAUGAUGCUCGCAAGUCUGUGCAGUUACUGUCUUUGCCCAGGCUCCCGCCUGAUGCAACGUCAGAUUCUCUGGACAUUCACCGUUGCUCAACGUUGACCGAACCGUCCGAGCUCCCUCUUCACAUAGCCUUGAAGGCGUUGAGAUGUCUGAUUAGCAUCGGCAAAGGCUUCCAGGUACCGGGCGAUGUGCCAUGCGACCUGGAGAAAGAAAAAGACUUCUCGUCGAUCAACCAUGAUUCAAGGCUUGAUCAGUUACAAUCAGGGAUUCUGUCCCUGAUUGCCCAGCUGCAAAGCUCAUUCCCACAGAGCGGCGAAGUGGCUGAGAGUAUUUGCAACAUCUUCCGAACAGGAUUUUCCGAAUAUGAGGCUGGCCCAUUUGUCUUUCCUCCCCGACUUGUCUGUGACUAUCUCAUCCAACAGACGUCUCAAACACCUCGAAUCGGCUUAUUCGUGAGCACAGCUUGCUCUCUCCUCAGCUCUCUGAGAAACAUAAAACGAGGCGAAGUCGACGAAACUAGGGCUAAGCUUCUUGGAUGGGUCAUAGGUCUACUUCAGCAACUACCUGAACCGGACAAUGAUACAGAACUCGCACAGAAUGGCAUCGAAUUCACAAAUCGUUUAACGUCACGGGAGCCCGCUGUCCUCUUUCAUUCCGAGUACCUUCCGCUCGCCGAGUUCUUCUUCAUGUAUGCGUUGAGAGUAUUAGAUGGGCGCGAACCACUACCGAAAGCGGCAGCCGCUGAUUUCUGGGCAACAUUCAUGACGCUGAAGCCCACGGAUCAAGGGGUACGAGAAACGAUAGAUCAUGCCAUCACUCAGCUUGGCCCAUUACUCGCUCGGUCGAUCGUCCGAAAUAUUGGCGGUAAUGCCUCGAGGAGCGAGUUAGAUAGACUCAGCGAGCCUCUAAAGAAGAUGGUUAACCAUCAUGCCAAAGCUCGUAUAUGGCUCGAGCAAGCUCUGUAUGAUUCGUCAUUCCCCGGGCAACAACUAUCUGAUGACGAGAAGGCUCUUUUUGUCUGGAAGAUUAUCAACCUCAGGGGUUCAAGAGGAACCAACCAGGUCGUACGAGAUUUCUGGCUUGCUGCACGAGGGUCUAAGUUUGCUUAUGCUUCCUGA